AUGUACCUUCUCCUACCUCUAGAGUCAUCAAAUGUCUCUAGUGAUGAACCUUGGAGAAUUAAUUGGAUGGGAAUCAAUUCUUGUGUUUCUGUGGUAGAAUUUUUGAAAGAAAAUGCUUGGUUAAGCGCUGAGCAGUCUAGUGGUGAUAGGGGAAAUUCAUCAGUUCAUGGCAUAAACUCAAUUGAGUCUGAAUGCAAAGCCACAAAUGUCAUCCACCUGGCCAAUAAAUCAAUUGAUACCAAAAACCUCAGGGAGAUGGUGGUUUUGGCAAUUCACACGGGGGGAAUUUACUCUGUCUUACAUGCCGUUGAUAAUACAUCUGCUGAGAGUCCUUUUGAUGGGAACUCUGAUGCAAUCCCUUCUAGUUAUUCAUCCUUUGCAGAGUACUUUAGCAAAAAGUAUGGGAUUACACUAAUGCAUCCUGGACAGCCUUUGCUACUGCUAAAGCAAAGUCACAAUGCAUACAACCUUCUUGUGGAUUUUAGGAAUUAA